AGGCGAUCUCGGAUAUUUCAGGAGGUAAAAGUUUGUCCUGAUCUCAGGAAGUGCCAUGAGCUGAUGUGAUCUGGGAGGACAGGAGAGUCAGUAAGAGCCCCUUAAAGAUGAGUGACCCUCAUGAGUCGCGAAGGGGUGCCCUGUCGUGGGCAGGAGACCCAGAGAAGCCUGACAGGAAACUCAUGAAGGGACCAGGCUCCACUGUGUCCAGUGGUCUAUCCAUGAGGAGUGAUCGUUCAAAAGAACUUCCACCUAACCUCCCAGGGGAAGGGAAAAGCUGUACAUCUAUGGACUCUGGUUAUGCCCCAUCUCUAUCAGCAUCUGGUAUAUCAGCGGGACAAGUGCUAUGUGAUGCUUGCAAUAGCACAGCUGUGAAAGAAUGUCUGACCUGUAUGGCCUCCUACUGUGGGACUCAUGUGAAGGACCACUACACAUCUCCAGACCUGGAGAGACACCAGCUACAGGACCUUCUGCAUCAGGACCGCUGUGAACACCACAACAAGAAGCUGAAAUUCUACUGCAAAACUGACCAAUCAGAUGUCUGCUCACGCUGCUUUCUUCACAAUCACAGGGGACAUGAUAUCAUCGAGCAGAAUACUCAAUGGACACCAUCAAAGUCAGGCAUCAUCAGGCAAGGUGUUCCUCCACCUAGGCAGAUCCAUUUCACCUCAGUGAAACCCAACUCAGUUACUGUCAACUGGUCACCACCAGAGGGCCCUCCUGGUCCCUACAGGUACAAAGUGAUCAGGAGAACCGGCCAAGAGAAGCGCAGCUUCACAUUGGAAACUUUGUUUCUGAAGGUGGCAGGUCUGACUCCAGGAGAGAAGUACUACUUUGCUGUGGCCUCCCUCAGUGAAGAUGGACGCCAGAGCACAUUUGUGGAGGCAUCUGUAUGCACAGAGGUUCCCCCACCAGAGCAUCUCACGGUGAAUCUGAUGUCAGUGACGGCCUCUGUAAAGUGGUCCGAACCAGCUGGAGUGGACCAGGUUUCUUACCUGCUGAAACUCUGCAGGGAUCAGGAAGCCAUAGACACCAUCCAGACAGACCUCUCCCAGCACACAAUCACUGACUUGAAACAUGGAGCAGACUACACCAUCAAUGUGUUCACUGUUCUGAGAAAUGACAACCAAAGCAAACCAGCUUGCAAAGCAUUUAGAACCGAAGUAACGAGAACUCAGCAUGAAGGUGCCAGUGCCUCUCGCUCUACUGACGUUCAAGAGCAGAGGGCUAAAGAUAUCUAUCAACCCAACGCUGUUGUUGUGGAGAACAUCUCAAGAGACCUGACUAGGGAUCUUUUGGGACUGAUAGUGGUGAACAUCGCUGGUGUCUCUGAGGAUGAAUACACUAUGGAGCUGAUCUACGAGUCUCGUCUUGCUGUUGUGACAUUCACUAACCCUGAUGAUGUGAAGAAAUUUCAGACAGAAGCCAAGCGCAACAAAAAGUUUCAGAACUGCAAUAUGACUGUGAGGGUCCUGGAAAGAACCUGCAGUUUGAGGAUGGAGUGUCUGCCACUGAAUGCCAACAAAGACCUGCUAGAGCUCUACUGUGAGAGACAGAGAGCUGAAGUAAAGAAUGUUGCCUUGAUACCAGAGGAAAAUGCAGCUGUUGUCACAUUCCAACAGCCUGAAGAUAUUGUGACUAUGCUAAAAACACAACACAAGAUCUGCAAAAUUGAAGUCCGCAUCUAUCCAUACUACAAGUCACUAGGCACAGCGCUGUAUGGUAAAGACCGACCAAGAUGGAAGAUUCCAGACUCAUUCACUGUAAACAUUCACCCAACGCUUCUGGAGUUUCUCCAGAAGAAGAAGCUAACAUCUCACAUCAAUGACCGGAUGCAGGCACACCACUGCCAGGUGAGCAUGAAGAGCACAGACCUUCGGCUCAGUCCACUCCCAACCCUGCUGAAGAUGAAGGGACUCACAGCCAAACACAUAGACGGCUGGAAGGAGAACACCUCAGAUGCAUUCCACCAGAUCAUGUCCAAAUAUCGAAUACUUGAGAAGAUGAUGAACUCCGAUGUGUGUAGCUCAGUGGCCGAAGAGCUGCUUCCAAUUCUGCAGGACAAUGUUUUCAUGAAGAUGGAUUCCAUUAAGGGACAGUUAACAUUGGCAGGAAUGACGAAAGAUAUAGAUAACCUGGGACAGAUAGUGGAUGGCAUAGUGAAUAAGACUACAAGUCAGCUUGAGCGGGAGAGGAACAGUGUUGAACAGGACAUGGAUUUGCCUGCUGACAUGUUUAAACUCCUGCAGCUUGAUGGCCUAUCACAAUUCAUCACAGCCUCCUGCCCCCAGGUUUCGCUCAAUUAUAAAUCCAGCAGCAAGAAACUGGUCCUCUCAGGCCUAAACAGUGAAGUCCUAACUGUGAAGACCUGGGUCCUUGAGAAGAGAAUGCAGAUGAAACAAUUGCCAGUGGAGCUUGACCCUCAUAUAGUGGAGUUCCUGAUCACAGUGGACAGUGAGAUAAUGUCUGAUCAGCUCUUCUUCUCCCGUGGAAUCCAUGCCAUUUAUGUGAUCAAAGACAGAGCUGUGGUUUUGACUGGAACCUCAGACAGAUUCAUGAAUGAGUCUGUGGGGAGGAUGAAAGAGAUGUUGACUUUCAGGGUCCUUACUGUUGAGGAUCAGGAGGUGCUCAGAAAGUCAGAAUGGAGGACUCUAAUCACUGAAGUUUUGAGUAUGUUCAAUACACCCAGGAAGAUUCCACUGCUGAAGUUAUCUUCAAACCAACCUGACAGUCUAACCGUUUCUGGCUUUAUUGAACCUGUCAAGAAAGCAAGCCAGAUCCUUCAAGAUUUCUUGCAAAAUCAUGCAAGAGUUGUAAACACUGUGAAGGUCAAAUGCUGUGCGGCUAAAAGGUUUAUUGAAGAACAUAAGUCAGAAGAAUGGAGAAGAUUUGCAAAAGUUGGUGAGGUGGUGGUACAUUUUGACCCAAAGCGUCCACGAAUCAAGCUGUCAGGAGAACGUACUUAUGUAAAACCUGCUGUGGAUGCUUUCAAAAAGAUGGUGACCAGUUUGUUUAUAGAUGAAUUGAAAGUCUAUAAGCCUGGAGCAAAGAAGUUUUUUCAGGAACAAGGGAGCUUGCUUCUGUCAAUGAUGGUAAGGGAUCAUCGCUGUGUUGUUCUGCUUCAGGAUGACAGUAUGUUGGAGGAGGAUGAUGAUGAUGAUGAUGAUGAAAGAAACAAUGGAAAAUGCUCAACAUUCUCAGACUUUCAGCAGGGCUACUACAGUGGAAGUAGUAAUCAUGGAUCUGGAAAUCAGUGGGAAGGAGAGAGGAAGUGGCAGAGUUCAUCCACACGAUCACAUUCAGAGAGGACCACACAGCAAAAAGCCCUCGAAGCCAUGCAGAGCAAAAAUACACCUGAGCAAGUCAGGCAAGUCCUGAAGAAGAGACACAUUCAAGAUCCAUAUUUCUUCAGGAGGGCAAAUCAAGGAGAAAGUCAAGGAGAGAGCAAAGUAGAAACAGUAUUAGGAUGGUUUUCACCUGGUCGAACUGAUGAACAGGAAUCUGAUAAUGAGUUUGUGAUGGUGGGUGAGGAGUUUGCACCCGCCAUAUUCCAGCUCUGUGGAGAAACGUCACAGGAGGUCAGCAGAGCCAAAGACUGCGUGACCAGCUUCAUCAUGAAAGAGCAGGCUUCUACUCAGAUCAAGGACCCAUUGAUUAACCGUUUCACCCAAGAGGACACUAAAGAGCUGCAGGAUCUGCAGAGAGAGCUGACCGUCAGCAUCAGAAGGGAGCACAGAAGUGAGGAGUCGGUCAUCUACCUAGAGGGCUUGACUCGUGAUGUGUUCAAGGUCGAAGGACGAAUCAGAGACAUGAUUCGGAGGGCAGAGAGGAAGGAGACAACCAAAGGGGAGGGAAAAAGUUUCAGAUGAUUCUUCAAUGAGCUUACCUUCUAAUUGGGGUAACGUGAAAGGCUACAUUGGCACCUGGAGGAAUUGACUUGUGACGUGAUGAAGGUUGAAGGACGAAUACGGGAUAUGCUUCAGAGGGUAGAAUGGGGGCCUAUAUGAUCAGCACUGUAUGCAUUCCCAUUUUUAUUAAUUCAAAUUAAAGAUGUGAUAUUUUGGGGUGCUGUGGUGCAAGAGUGUCUGUUCCACAGGUCAGACCCGCAGUUAUUUCUUGAUCAUCUCUCUCCUUUGCUUCCAUAUGAUCUGUUUUAUACUGACAGGUGAGGCAUACCCUAAAAUGCUGAUUAAAAAGCAUGAAAAGAGCACCAUCUGUUUGUAGCAUGUAACACAUAUUUUGUUUAUAUUUUCAUGGAGGACUUCUUAUUGUGUUAAUUCAUUAAUGAGAUAUAAUAAUUGUAGUCAAAUCUGAUAAAAAACAAAAUUUUAAUUAAUUAAGAAUUCAACUUCAACUGAAUAAAUUACACUAACACCA